AUGCGCGUGUUUUCUACGGCAUGCCAAAAGGUCGUGCCUGUUAGCAACACUCGACGUCUCCCUUGUACUCAAUGCUUCUCGCUUCUCUCAAACCGUGAUUUCAAGCGGGCACUGAAGAAGACUGGUCCAUCGGAACCAGGCAAAUACAUAUACACUCCCAAGCGGUUUCGGAAUCAAACUUUGGGGGAGAUUUACGGUCGUCACAUUGGAUUACAGGCCAUAAUCGAGCAGCCUAAUGCGAAAUCAACGCCUUGCAUUCGCUAUGCCCAGGGAGUUCUCGAAGGGAAGUAUCAGAACGAUGUAUUCAAUGGGCUGGUUGAGGCCAUGGUCUCAAAGACGGAUCGUGAGGAACGCGGCGUCGGGAUGCAGAACUUCAAGUAUGCGCCUGCUUAUGACGAAUUCUGCAACGUCAUGCGCAUAACAAGUCCAGCUGCCUACCGCAUCUUCCAAGACCACCUGCCCGCGCGUUCUGAGCGCAAUUUCCGUCUCAAAGAAGCUCGCGAACCUCGCUUCCCCAUGGAUAUCUCCGAACGUAACUUCGAGCUUGUCUUUCGGCACUUGGAAGAUAUCAAAUAUAACGGCCCUGUGGGUCUGAGCUGUGAUGACACGAAGCUGUUUGCUUCCUUCCGACUCUAUUGGGACAACGAGAAAGAGGCACACUAUCUGGUCGGUGGCACUGAUGGGCCUCUGCGGGUUGCGAAUCCGGAUCAAGUUCAUGCAGUCAUCCAGGAUGCCUGUGCUAGAAAGGCAACCAAGAUUCGCUUGUGGUGUUUAACGGUACCAAUGCCCAGCAUCACACCUAUCGUUGUUGCUGCGUUGCCGAUUUCUGGUGAUCUCAAAGCGGACACUCUGCUGCGGCAUCUGACUCAGGUUGUUGACGGACUGCUGGAUCGAGGAAUCAAGCUGAUUUCGUAUGCAUGCGAUGGAACACAGGUCGAGCGUUCUGUACAGGAUGCGUUCGUCAGACAAGCCGCCGAGAAGGACUUGCACAUCAUUCAGGAUCCUAGAGGGCAGGGACGUGAUCUGCGGAUCGAGAUUGCUGUGGUGAAGGGUCAACAUAUAGCGAUGGUGCAGGACCCAAAGCAUGCCCUCAAGACAUUCCGCAACAAUCUGUUCUCGGGUGCACGACUUCUAUGUUUUGGAAGUUACACUGCAAUCUACGAGCACAUUCGCGAGACGGCUUUUGCUGAGGGAUCUCCGCUCUUUCAUCGGGAUGUUGUCAAGCUGGAUCGUCAAGAUGAUAACGCUGCCGUCCGGUUGUUCUCAGCCGACACUCUCAAAUACCUGUCUGAUCACCAUCCGGAUUACUUGGGCGAGAUCGUCUACCUUUUUGUCUUCGGCGAACUCAUUGAUGCGUACCAAAGUCGCUCGAUUGAUCACGCUGAACGAACAAAACUGGUUCUUCGUGGCCGCUAUUUUGUUGACUCAUGGAGCGCAUUUCUUGACAUCUCGGGCUACUCAAAGAACGUCUACUUCCUCUCUCGGGAAGCAGUGGAUAUCAUUCGGUUCAUUGUCGAGGGCUAUCUGUCUCUUCUCUACAUUCACCGUGACCAUCUGAAUGGCCUGUACCCAUUACUCCCAUGGUUUCAUGCCAGCGAAGCCUGCGAACACGUCUUCGGUGCAGCUCGACACAUUGUUAAGGACUUCACGAUGCUCGAUUUUCUCUACAUGGUUCCGAAACUCCGUGCGAAGAUGCGUAGCGCUGUGUUACGUGGGAAAUCGUCCGAUCCGAAGAGGAAAGCGGCGGGUUACUCACACACCUACUUUGACGUGACAGGCCUCGACCUGCGUGCGUUGUCUGCUUUCCCCGACAACAGCACGAUCUCAGUUCUUGCCUCGGAAGCCCUAGAGGAAUCGGACAGUCUCGUUUUCCUCCUGGGUGUAACUCCCGUACAUCUACACUCCCCUCUUCUUCCACCCCGCACCGCACUGCCUUCAAUUGGCUCAUGGUUUGCAGCUGAAUCAGGAGACAGCGACGAUGACGAUGGAAGUGUGGUGUCUGACGAUGAGAGUACUUCCGACGCUCAGCAACUUCAGGAUCUUGUUGAGGAGGCUCAAGUCGAGAUGGCUAGGGGAGGUCACCAGCGCAGCCAGCAAAGUGAGCUGCUGAAUCUCACUUCGGCUGCACUGGCGCUCGAGGCAGACGCCAUGGUGCAAAUCCACACUGUACCGGACCCAACGGACGAGAUUCUGGAUGAGAUUCUGGCAGAAGAGCAACACCACAUCUUCAGCAUUCUCGAAUCGCGCUCGAGCAAUUCCGCCAGCCAGCUCCCUUCGCUCCAGCUCCCUGAUGAACCUUCAAGACCAAUCGGAAAGGGGCUUGCGAGUGCCGCUCAGCUCGACUUCGACCACCUGGUGGAUUUGCGGUCUCGUCAUCAAACCGUGCAGGCAUCACGAGCAGUCAAGACGCGUGUUGUCACAGACACCUCUCCGGAAUUAGAAAAACUUUCGCUUCGUCGACAACUUGUGCAGAAACUUCAUGCGGCGCUUCGAGAACAACAGGAUCAUGCUGUGGGAACAGGAGCAGAGCGCGGCCUUCGUUGGCGGAAUUCCGCACCCGGAGGGCGUACUCACAAGGACGUACAUAAAGCUGGUAAUAGCGAGAAUGCCGUAGCAACAGCGAUGUCGAUCGCACAUGCGGCCGCAGCCAAGCGUAAGAAGGUCUUCACCAACGCAAAGGUCCCCAGUCUACCAGAAGUCAUUGAUGCACGACUUUCAAUGAUACGUCCACUGCGCUUUGGGGACUACGGGGUCAUUUUCACUCCACAAGGACUAAUGGUGGGGAGGGUGUUUGCGCUUCAUGCGAAGGGAGGCGGCAAGUUCGGCAAGCACGACGCUGUAACUGAUUCGUCUAAUAUCUCGGCUCUCUCGAAGAUCUCUGUCCAGCUUUUCGAGCACAUCCACGGCUCUCAUUUCCGGGCGAUUCCCGCUGCUACCGCUGUCCUUCAAACGUCGCAGUUUGCUCAUCUACCUCCAAUUGCAUUCUUGUGCGUCAUUUCCGCACCUCAAACUACACCCACCGGUCUUGUUUUGGCCGAGAGCGAAGUCCAGCGCUUCAAAAACCUUGCCCAAGGUCACAAUCGCUUCGCAGCAGCCUUGAAAAAUUUCAACAAGCGUGGCAAAAGGACGGCGGGGGAAUCGGAGGACGAGGAGGCGUUAUAGUCUCUGAAUCGGUGUAUAGCGUCUCGGAAAGGUCAAAAAUCGAGUCAGAGGGCUAAAUUUCAGUUUUAUAUCCAUGUACGCGUGAAAAAAAACAGAAUUUUUGAGACCUAUGUACGGGUUGGACAAAAAUCCCGGGCUCAGGCUCGAAUCGCGUUGGACAAAUAUAGGGGGCAUCAGCCAACUUUUGGGCUAACAUUUGACCGUACUAUCCGGGGUCCUGGUGCGAUUCACGAAACUGCUCGCGCACGUGAAGCAGAACGAGCCGGGUACGCUGGAGUACUCGAUCGCGCGAAACGGCAGCACGGAUGUCUUUG